GGAGGGAAGGAAGGAAGGAAGGAUGGUGCAGUCGUGUUCCGCCUACCGCUGCCGGAACCGAUACGACAAAGAGAAGCCCAUCUCCUUCCACAAGUUUCCUCUCACCAGACCCGACCUCUGCAAGAAGUGGGAAGCGGCGGUGAAGAGGAAAAACUUCAAGCCGACCAAGUACAGCAGCAUCUGCUCGGAGCACUUUACUCCCGACUGCUUUAAAAGAGAGUGCAACAACAAGCUUCUCAAGGAGAAUGCUGUCCCCACCAUAUUUUGUUACACUGAGCCCAGUGAAAAGCCUGAAGAGUUCGCAGAGCAACCAGAAGAUCCACUACCACCACCUCCACCACCACCGCCGCCACCACCACCACCUCCACCACCAGCAGCAACUCCUGUACUGCCGCCAUCUCCAUCAACUCCUUCCUUUCAUUUAUCUCAAAUAGAUGCAAGAUUUGUGGAUCCGAGUAUUGGAUUAUUGAUGCCUCCUCUGCAGACCCCCAGCAAUCUUGCUGUUUUUUGUGAUCACAACUAUACCGUAGAGGAUACAGUUCAUCAGCGAAAAAGAAUUCAGCAACUGGAGGAACAAGUUGAAAAACUGCGGAAGAAGCUCAAGACAGCGCAACAGCGGUGCCGGCGCCAGGAAAGACAAAUAGAAAAACUGCGAGAAAUUGUUCAGUUUCAGAAAGAAAAAGACAUAUUGGCAGGCAAGGGCUAUGUUAUUCUGCCCAAUGACUAUUUUGAAGUUGUGGAAGUACCUGCCUAAAUAUCAUAAACAUCUGCCUUCACUUUGCUAGGCCAAGAAGUUUCAUAUAAAAACUAAAUGCUCUCUAAUUCCGCGUGUAAGGCUUCCAAUAAUUCUAAAUGAAUAAAGAAGGUGUCAAACAAACAAGAUCACAUUUUAUUUUUAUUCAUUAUUGUUUCAGUUUGAUGCUUUUUUAUUAUAUUGAAAAUGCAAGCAUCUCUGAAUUAGAAUGCAUUUAGUUUAUGAAAUCUGAUUGCUUUACAGAAGAAAAGGAUGCAGGGUUAAAUACAUUUAAAAUGUGUACAGUUUUUUCGCAGUGGCUGUCGCGUGCUUACAGGGAGACAGGGAAUUGAAUAUGGCUGGGAAUUAAUCAAUCCAUGUUGCGGUACACUUAAGGGCAAAGCUUUGUCAAGGCAGCUAGCAUUGGCUUUUUUGAACCCUAAGGAAUAAUUUUCAUUGUUUGCAGAAGAAGCAGAGCUAGGCCAGUUAAGAAGAUAUAAAGUGCAACCUUUAUAUAGGGAAUAAUAAGAUACAUAUUUCAUCCUGGGAAAGCUUCCAACCUUGUUUUGUUAUGCCUUCAAAACACUGCAUGAGCUCUAAUUCCUGGAUUCCUUUGGUGAUGUAUGUAAAUGAGCCUGUUGCUUUGCAAUAACCUUUACUGAUGUGUGUGUGUUGUGAGGAAGAAGGGAGAAUUCAUUAACAGAGUUAACUGGAGCCAUAGAAGGGGCUUUGCUGGGAGGGCACUGCUGAUGCACAGUGCUGCACUGAUGGUGUAUAUUACCUGAUCAGGACCAGGAAAUGAGUGUGUGCCUUUCAAAAAUACUUCAGUAGUCAUCUGCAGUCCCCUAUGUGCCAGAGGAGGCCACACUAGCCCUUUUGUGAGUAAAGUUAGCCCCUGGUUAAUUUGCUCCUAUAAGCACUGUAAUGGGUUGCAUGUAGUCUUCAUCCUUAAAACUGUUGAUCUUAACUCGCAUCCCGAACAUGUGCAUGGUGUCAGGAAGUUUUAAGGUCUUUUUUUCUUUUUGUUUUUUUUUUUUCUUCCUUCCCCAGGGUGCUGAGCAUUUGCAACUUUCAUUGCAGUAUACUGUGAUCUUUUUUUUCUUUUGUUGGUUUUGCUUUGUUUAUUUUCCCAAAAGGCAUCCACCAAAGGCAGACACAGGAUUAGACUUUGGAAGUUGCUUGGUGCUAGGCUGGUUUUUAAUAUCUCAAAUGCUACUGCCUCCCCUACAGUCUUAUUAAGAGUCUUUUCUGAAAAUAAAUCUGGCAUUACGAAGUCGUGCUACAGUUUGCAGUUACCGCCUAGUGAAUCUGGAAGACAACUCUGUUGUCUCAAUGAACUCAUCCAGAAUCAAAUAGAAGGCCCUUGCAUUGAACCUCUUAUAGAUUUCACAGAUGAAACUCACAGAUGAGUUAGACAUGAGAGAAAAAAAGGCUUUUUCUUAGCCUAGGUCAUGUGGGCCAGGUGUAGUGUGAAUUCUUGCUCUGAUAUUAAUCAAGCCGUAUUCAUGAUGGGUUUAAAAGGUUUGCUGAAUCUGUUCAGCCUGACAUUCUGAAAUGUUUAGAACAAGUCUUGAUACUUCUGACCUCAUUCCUCCUGUGUAUCUGGCCUCACUACCCCUUCAUAUGCUUAAGAUUGAAUAAGAAUCCUGUUCGAUCCUUUUGUGUACAUUUAUUAUUCCUGGUUAAAAAUAAAAAAGCAAAUGGUGUGUUAGACUUUUAA